AACUGCCGCAGUGACAUGACGGUGCGGGAGCUCAAAGAAGAGCUAGACCUGAUGGUCGGCAUCCCCUUCAACCUGCAGCGGCUGCAUUUCCUGGACCAAGGAAUUUUGAUGGAUGACGCCACACUCAAGUUCUAUGAUGUCAUUCCGGGAGCUAUUAUUUCACUAUGCAUCUGGCACUAUGAUGGUUGGACGGAACUGGUUUUGGCCGCCGUGGAAGGGGACCCCAGUAAGAUGUCAUGUCUUGGUAUCAGUGAGGACACCUUCUACCGGACAGCAAACUCACAGUACUUUAAGGGGGAGCAGUGGAAGCAGUGGACCGCCCAGAGGGCGUUUGUGGCCUUGUACGUCUCUGCUCACAGAGGUCACGUGGAUGCCGUGCAGUAUCUUCUAGAACUUGGAGCGAACUGCCUGGCCAAAUCACCCCUGGGCAGGACACCCCUGCACGUGGUCGCAGCCAUGGGCAGAACAGAAUGCAUCCAGCCCUUACUGGAACAUGGCGCCUCCAUCCACGAAAGAGACUUGAAGAGCGAAACGCCUGUCACCAUCGCGAGGCGCCUGAAGCGGGUGAAUUUCGAGCGCAAGAUGUUCAUUCUCUACUGGAUGAUCAAGUCUGGGACCAAGGACCCUGACUUAGUAUCGAGGGAUGCUUCAGAGAAACACAACCCCGGGGUCAUGGCAAGGAAGACCUCAGUGUUGAUCUCCUGA